GAUGAAGAAACGAUUAAAAAAUAGUAUUGCAAAACAGUUUUAUCCACAGUGUUAUCUUUAUUAACCGUAUCUAUUCAUUACUAUUCGGCGUUUACGCAUAAAAUUGCAACAAGAAAUUUACUGCUGAACAAAGGGUUAUCUUGCUGGCGAUAACCGUAUAAGUUUAUUAGCCCAUUGAGGCUUAGCCUCAGAUGAACUAUCAUUUUCUAUCUUGAAUUAGACUCAAUUUGUUGUAUCAUUCAGUCAAUCGAAGCUGGUAAAAAUGACUGAUGUUCUUGAUGAACCAUCGGCGAAAAAACCGAAGCUGUCAUCACCGUCAGAUUUUGAUGAUGAUCCGUUGAGUGAACUAGAGAAAUUGGAGCCGUUGCCGUCGAUUCUGGAGACGAUGUCUCAAACACCAUCCAGUGUUCAUAUGUCGGCGAAUAAUGGGCCCGGACCAUCAUCAGUUGGCUCCACUGGCGCUACAAGUCAACCACCCUCAGUUAGUCAUGGGAAUUAUAUGGGACCAGCGUCAGUGAUACAGUCUCAAGCCGGUGCACCACCACAAACACAUGCCCAGUCACAGCAAAAUGCUCCAUCACAACCCAGUGUUUUGCAAGAGUUGUUAUUAAAUCCUUCCAACCAAAAUAAUCAAACGUUAAAUAGUCCACGACCACCUUACACUACUCAGUAUCAGACAAGGAGUCCAGUGACAAGUGGUGCCACGAUGAUGGCAUCAGCAAAUUGUCCUCCAAAUGUAGCUCUGUCUGCUGGACCACGAGGAUUACGAGCUACUGGACCUCAAAUGUACGGACCCGCAAGUCACACCGACAUGACUAUGCAACCGGGUGGUGGUCCUCAGCUAGGGCAUCCAACUCAGCAAGGCAACUACGUUGCCUCACAAAUGAUGCCACCGCCUAAUCAACAAUCUCCACAAUCUCUUUCAUAUGCGUAUCAGCAAUCCGGUUCUCGACCAGUGUAUGCAAAUACAGGUUCUCGGGCGGUUUAUGCGGCUGCUACACGUAGUGCAGCACCACAAUCUAUGAGUUUAGCACGGGGUAAUGCACCCGUAAUGCUUAAUGGAGCUUCAGCUCCCCGAAUCAGAGCUGCUCAUCAAGGCAUGAUAACAAUGCAGCAGGGAGGUGGACAAAUGAUGCGAACAGUUAUGGUCCAACAAGGUCCACCAUAUGAUCAAGGUGGUUAUGCUAUACCACCUCAACGCGCAUCCGAUCCUUAUGGUAUUUCGCAGACGCAAACGGGAGCAUCCCCAAAUUAUGCACAGUUGCCACAAAGCCAUAUGGUAGCUAGAAAUCAACCAAUGCCUUACACUAAUACACCAACUGCGCCACCGAUUCAACAGAAUAGUACGAUGAUACCGCAUAUGAUGGAGCAUUCGACAAUAUCGCCACAACAGCAACAACAACAACCACCACCACCGCCGUCAUCAUCAUUAACUCAUGGAAAUGUAAUGCCACCACAAAUGAGUACGCCAACAGCGACGGUAGCAGGAGCUCCCGGUCCGAAAUCUGGAAUACCGCCAAAUUUGCCGCCUCCUCAGAUGUCAGCAGCAAAUGCUUCAGCCACUGGCCAAAUGCAACAAUUUACCGGCAUGAAUAACAGUGCAGCACGAGAAGGGACAUCUAUAAGCAGUACGCUUCCACCUAGUGGUACGCAAGGGAAUAAUCAGGACCCUGGACGAAGAAAACUUAUUCAGUUGCAGUUGGUACUACUUUUGCAUGCCCAUAAAUGCCAGCAACGAGAACGAUCUGCGGAUGGCGCAAAUGGACGAUACACUUGCACUUUACAGCACUGUUCAACGAUGAAAGGUGUAUUACAGCAUAUGACGACAUGUAAUAGUGGAAGCGCUUGUAGUUAUCCUCACUGUCCAUCAUCACGACAAAUCAUUUCUCACUGGAAAAACUGUGUACGUGACGACUGUCCAGUAUGUACGCCGUUGAAAAGUAGACAAAACGUUACGCAGACAGUUGACCGGCGUACCAUUCCCGGUACUGAAUCGUUUGGAACCCCUGGAGCAGGAUCUGUGCAACAAGUACCAUGUGCUCCAGGUAAUGCUACAGAGAUUGAUAAUGUGGGUAUGCCAAAUCGAAUCAGUGCACAACAACAGCAGCAACAGCAACAGCAACAACAACAACCACAGCAGCAACAACAGCAGCCUGGUCCUGGUACAGCUUUGCCGCCAAAUACAAAUUCACAUAACAUGUCAGCGUAUGAUUCGUCUGGUCCGACAUCAAUCAACGCCUUUCUAAUAGAUUUCAACCCCUCAAGCGAUCCGUUUCGAUCACCAAAUCCACCAAACAAAUUGGUGCCAUCAUUGGGGAAAGGUUCUGGCAUAUUCAUCACUUCCAAGGAUAUCAUUGGUUUGCCACCUCCGGAUGCACCGGUAGUUAAGAAAGCGUGGCAGAAUGCAGUAACUGAGGACCUGCGUAAUCAUUUGGUUAGAAAACUUGUGGAAGCGAUAUUUCCGUCACCCGACCCGGCGUCAAUCCACGAUCAGCGUAUCAAAGAUCUUGUCAAUUAUGCGCGAAAAGUUGAAAGAGAAAUGUUCGAAUUAGCCAAUGAUCGCGGAGAAUAUUAUCAUCUGCUUGCUGAAAAAAUUUAUAAGAUUCAAAAAGAAUUGCAAGAGAAAAAAAUUAAGCGGCUACAUGAACAAGGACAAGCGGGUGCCGUGGCUGGCAUGCAACCACCCCAGCCAGUUGACUUCGAUAUGCCUGGACCGCCGAACCGAACUACACCGUCAUUCCAACCAAACACCGGUACCGGCACACCACAAAUGAAUGGGCUGUCUACCUCUAUAAGCGGAAAUGCACUGACGAAUGGUCAGGUAGUAACUUCAGGGAUAAAAAUGGAAGUGCCUGGUGAUGUCACAAUGGGUACCGAACCAUCAGGUGCGACAGAUGCCUCUGGAUGUUGUUCGAAACCUGGAACAUCGAAUAUAGCAAACGCGGAAAAGAUUAAAGUUUCCGUAAGUGCAAUUAAGACGGAAAUAAAAACUAUCAAAGCUGAUGGUAAAGGCGAAACAAAAACUGAAGAAAGGAAGGAAUUACCUGAUAAGGUAUUUGACGCCAAUGAAUUACGAAAUAAUUUGAAACCUGUCGUGGAUAAGCUUCUUAGUAUGGAAGAAUCAAUACCGUUCAGGAUUCCUGUUGAUCCGGAUAUUCUUGGCAUUCCGGAUUAUUUUGAUAUUGUCAAAAAACCUAUGGAUCUAUCAACAGUAAGCCGAAAACUGGAUACAGGUGAAUAUAAGAACCCGUGGGACUUCAAUGACGAUAUGUGGUUAAUGUUCGAUAAUGCUUGGUUGUAUAAUCGGAAGAAUUCAAAAGUUUAUAAAUAUUGCAAUAAGUUGAGUGAAGUCUUUGUGGAGGAAAUUAAUCCUGUAAUGCAAAAAAUGGGUUAUUGCUGUGGACAAAAAUUGUCGUUUACACCGCUGGCUUUGUUUUGUUAUGGCCAAUCAAUGUGUACCAUUGCACGUGAUCAGACAUACCAUGUUUAUGAGACAACAUCAACCCAGUAUGGUGUGACAGUUUCGGAGCGUUAUACGUAUUGUACGAAAUGUUUUGAAGCUUUACCGGAAAGUGGCAUAAGUUUGAGUGAGAAUCCAAAUGAUACAUCUAAUAUGGUCCCAAAAUCGAAAUUCGUACAAAUGAAAAACGAUCAGAUUGAUUUCGAGCCAUUUGAAAAAUGUAUAAAGUGUUUCCGAAAAUGGCAUCGAGUAUGCGCGCUUUUCAACAAGAAAGUUUUUCCAGAAGGAUUCAUUUGCGCGACAUGUCGCCGUGAGAAAAAUUUGGCGCCGGCAGAAAAUCGUUUUACAGCCAAGAAAUUACCGCAUUGCCAAUUGUCACGAUUCAUUGAGGAACGCGUCAACAAAUUUAUGAAGAAUAAUCCUGCUGGCAAAGAUUAUGAAGUUAUCAUUCGUGUACUUUGUGCAGCUGACAAAGAAGUGGAAGUGAAACCUUUGAUGAAACAGAAGUACGGACCUCUUGGUUUUCCGGAAAAAUUUCCAUAUCGAACAAAAGCAAUUUUUGCUUUCGAGGUCAUUGAUGGUGUUGAAGUUUGCUUUUUCGGUUUGCAUGUGCAGGAAUAUGGAAGUAAUUGUCCACCACCAAAUAAAAGACGAGUAUAUAUAGCCUACCUGGAUUCAGUGCAUUUCUUUCAACCCCGACAGUUACGUACAGAAGUAUACCACGAGAUUUUAUUGGGUUAUCUAAAUUAUGCAAUGAUGUUGGGUUAUACAAUGGCUCACAUUUGGGCAUGUCCACCAUCAGAGGGUGACGACUACAUUUUCCACUGUCAUCCACCAGAACAGCGAAUACCGAAACCCAAACGCCUUCAAGAUUGGUAUAAGAAAAUGCUUGAUAAAGGUGUUGGCGAGCAUACGGUUUUUGAUUACAAAGAUAUAUACAAGCAAGCACGAGAUGAGAAUUUGGUGACGCCGAUGGAACUGUCCUAUUUCGAAGGGGAUUUUUGGCCCAAUGUAAUUGAAGAUUGCAUUCGUGAAGCACAGAAUGAGGAACAGGAACGCAAGCGUCAAGAGGAAGCGGCACGCCAAGAACAACAACAUGCUGAGGAUGAAGAUGGUGAUGAUAUGUUUCAUGAUGGAGAUAACGGGAAAAGUAAAAAGAACAGCAAAAAGAAGAACAAUUUGAAAAAGGGUAACUCGAAGAACAAGAAAAAGGUUUGUUCACAGACCGGCAAUGAAGUCACCGAUAAGUUGUAUAUAAACUUCGAGAAACAUAAGGAAGUCUUCUUUACUAUUCGACUUAUGAGCCCGCAAUCGGAAUUAUCAGCACAAAACAACGAAAUUAAGGAUCCCGAUCCAUUAAUAGCAAGUGAUCUUAUGGAUGGGCGUGAUACAUUCUUAACACGUGCUCGUGAUGAACACUGGGAGUUUUCUUCAUUACGACGCGCCAAAUAUUCCACAAUAUGCUUUUGCCAUGCAUUGCACAAUCAGGAAAAAAGCGAAGGACUUUCGUACACUUGCAAUAGUUGCCAAGGAACAGCUAUUUGGCAUUGUACAACUUGUGAAGAUUUCGAUCUUUGCAACAAAUGCUAUGAAACAAUGUCGCAUCCGCACAAGCUGGAGAAAGUCAGUACACUGAUGGAAGUGGAAGAUAAGCAUGAUGCAAGCAAUUCACGAACUGAAAGUAUUCAGCGCUGCAUUCAAUCACUGGUACACGCAUGUCAAUGUCGCGAUGCAAAUUGUCGCCGCUCAACAUGUCACAAAAUGAAGCGUGUUGUGCAACACACCAAAGGUUGCAAAAAGCGCCAAAAUGCAAAUUGUGCUAUUUGCAAACAACUCAUUGCUCUGUGUUGCUAUCAUGCCAAGCAUUGCAACGGGACUUCAUGCCAGGUUCCAUUCUGCUUAAAUAUUCGCCAGAAACUACAAGAACAACGAAGGUCACAGAAUCGUCGUGCUGACAUGAUGAUGCGUCGACGCAUGGAUAUGCUUUCUAGUGGUUAUGGUGGAACCAACACACCAGGUGCCUCGCAGUCCAGCGGGCCAACUGCGAUGAAUAUGUCUCAGACCGUGGCGGCUCAUCAUGGUGCUGGACCAAUGCAGACCUAUCAGGGUACGGGUAUGACACAUAUGCAGCACAUGCAAAUGGGACAACCGCAGAGCGUAAUGCCAUCCGGCCAGCAGCAAAUGACACAAAUGCAGCAGUUACAGCCACAUCAGUACCAGACACAUGGGAAAGGUGGUGUUGUGCAAGGCAGUUCACAAAUACAUAUGAUGGGUGUACCCACAACAAUGCAGCAAAGCCAUACAAUAUCACAAGUUCAACAGCAACAGGCUCCACAUCAGCAAGGCGUACGCAUGAAUAUGACAUCACAAAUGGGUGGAAUACAAAGACCCGGAAUGGUUGGACAAAUGCAACAUGCACAACAGCCGAUGAAUCCUCCACCAUAUGGACGUGGUGCUACUCAGCAAAACGCCUGUGGUAUGUCUGCAACAGCAGGACCAUCCUCUAGCUACGGAGGUAAUACCGGACAACCAAUGAUGCUUGGACAGUCCAUGGCGCAGAAUUCACAAUCACAGCCAAUAAUGCAGCAGGGAAUGCAGAAUUUACGAGCGAAAGUUUAUACUGGACAACCGAUCGAUCGUACUGCGUUACAGCAAGAUCCUCAGGUACAAGCAAUAUUAACGAGGUUUAAAAAUGCAGAACGAGCGGAAGACAAAGAUAAAGUACUGAAUGAUCUGAAGAAAAUGCCUCACCUUUUUGCUGCUUUCAUCAAAAUGACGAGCAAUGAAAGGAGUGGUGGAGAUAUCCCACAAAGUUUAAAUCAACAACAACUUAGUGCCAUACAACAGCAACAACAACAGCAUCAACAACAACAGGGAAUGAUAAGACAACCUCAAAUGGUAACUCAGCAAAGUGGGCAGUGGCAACAAGGGACAGUUUCACAGCAACAAUAUUACCAACAUCAGCAAUCGCAGGUGUCACAAAGUGGCCAACAGCAACCCCGCGGCCCCGGUGGUCAGUAUGCAUCGAUGAGUUCACAGGGUCAAAUGGCCGGUACUGCAAUGACACAACCGCAGUGGCAGCAACAGUUCCAACGGAACCCACAACCUGUAAGCCCAGCUAUGCAGUCUCAGUUCAGUCAGGUUCGUUCACCACCCGUUGGACGUUCUCCAUCCGUCAGCAAUGUCACACAAUCAGCAAUGAUGCAGCCUGGUGCGACGCAGCCUGGUGUACAGCAAAUGCAGCAAGGAGCAGUUAAUCAAGAUCAGCAACCAUACAGAUAACACAAUGCGACUAUCGUUAUUCUUUCUUGUUUUUGUUUUGCUAGUUAGAGGAACAGGUAAUGCGCAAAAAUUCCAAAUAUUUUCGGAAUCCUUCGUUGUUUCGGG